GUUUCCUUACCUGUUUACAGCCGUACCUAUAUAAACAAAAACCGGUAUUAAAUAACUUUUAAUACCUAUCCGGAGACAAUUGUGUGAGGUGCUGAACGUGGACCGCGUUCAAAUUUUAUUUUAUUUAUUUUCCGUCAAAGUCUCCAGCGGACUUCUUCGCGAUGGCAUUGACCAUUGUGUUGGCGUUGACUAUCUUAAGUGUAGCAAACUAUGGUAAUACAUUUGAAUUUUCUGGACUUGACCCAUCAGUACAAAUCAAAUCACAACUAAAACCAACCUUAAAACCAUUUUCUGUGCAGACUAAUCAACCUUAUCAAGGAGAACAAGUUAAGUCAGCGUUUGGACACAAUAGUGUACCUCCAAAGCCUUUCGGAGCACCAUUUGAUCACUUUAAACAAUCGUAUCAACCUUACCAACCAUUCAGAGCAAAUUAUCAACCAUUUGGGCCUUACCCCGGUUACCCAGGACCUGUUGUAUACCCCGGACACGGGGGUUAUCAAGGACCAGAGGCUUACUCCUCUCCAUCUUACCGUUAUGAUGAAUUCAACCACAAACCAUUUGGUUACCAACCAUUCCCAGCACCAGCCCAGCCAACGUUCAAUCAAUACAAAUUUGGUCCAGCAAAAAAAUUCAAUAAAAAUUUCCCAGGACUAGCCGAUUUCAAUCAACCAGGAAAAUAUUUCCAAGAACAUCAAUUUGGAGCAUAUCACGGACCUGAAUUUUCUUCUGCUAUUGUGCCUGCUGAACACAAUAUUAAACAGUCAAAACCAAAGGAUACGUUAUUAGGCAAGCCAGUUUUACCGAAUUUACCCGAAUUUGGAUUACCUAAACAAACCAGCUUUGGAUUUCCUUCUUCAUCAUUCAAGUAUCCAGUACCAAACUUCCCACCAAUUCAGCCCUUCGUCAGCACCGUACCAUCAGUAAAAAGUGUCGUGCCCACUACAGUCGUUCCGGUAGAUGCCGUAAACGUCGAAAAAAAAUUCGGCGGAGCUGAAAUCACUACCUCGGUUGUCCCGGUAUCAUCGGCUCAAGAUGAAACGGCAACGGUGCAACAGCAAUCCGCAGAGGUCACAGCCGAGCCAUCGGCAGCUACACCUGACAGCCCCGCUCAGGAGGAGGUCACUGCCGGCAACGUUUCUGCCGCCGAAGUUCCCGCAGCUGAAGUAGCGAUUAACAAUGAAGUGCCCGCGGCUCAGGAUGCCGCCCCGGCCAAAGAACAAAGCGAACCGUCAUCGGAGAGCAACGAACCCAGCAAAGCUGAUAGCGAGAAGAUUUCACCAGCCCCGGAAACCCAAGACUCCGUCAAAGAACUAAGUCCUGUCGUGGUAGUCGAAGAAGUCAAAGAAACUUCAAGCGCCGCACCGACUGAGGGUUCAAGCGACCCCAGCGAGUCAUCCACCGUCACCGGAUCGGAAGUCACCUCCGCUAAAUCCGAAGUAGUCACAGAAAACAAAUCUGAGGCCGGUGUCACAACCGUGAGCUUGCCGGGUCUACCAGUUGAACUGCAAAACUCGAACUUUGGGUCCUUAUCCCUAUCGGACGCGUCGUCUCUGGGUCUGUUCGGUUCAUCAGGAUUCCAGAACUUUGGACAGUCUGUUGGUGACCAACAGCCAUCGUACUACCCUUACUUUGAUGCACCCAAGUUUUCGGAAGAAGAACUGAAGGCAUUCGCAGCUAACUUUGGAACCAAUGUCCCACAGUCUAGCCAGGUUGUCGGAAGCACCGAAGCAACGGUUAAAAUCACCGAAGGAACUUUCAGUAAUCCGUCAGCUGAGAUCGCCGCCAAACUCGAAAGUGGAGACAAGGUUGAGAGUAGUGACAAAGCAGUGAGCGAAGAGAAAAAACCAGCAGUAGAAUCGCAAUCCCGCAACGUCCCAGAAGCACAGCCAAAGUUCAAUUCUGUACAAAUAAUCCAAGACGAUCCGUUCAACGGACAAUUGCCUUUGUUGUAUGACCCAUCCAACUCCGCCUCGCCCCUGGACACAUACAAAUUCUACAGCCACCCAUCCGUGUCCGCAUUAUCAUCUCAAGCCUCCCUGGCCUCAUAUUCGCCAGAAUCCGCGUUCAACAACUUCGGAACCCAAUUCCGUCAAGGCUACUUGGUUGAAGGAUCUCCUUCAUUGACACCGCUCACCAAGACAGUCGUGCAGUCCGACCAGACGCCGAUUUCCAUCUCGUCCUUAGACCAUCCGCUUCACAGCCAAGUAUUCAAAUAUUCGCAAUCGUUCGUGCCGUAUCCCGGACUGGUGGCCGGCAAUAACAACGGUGCCACUUUCCCGACCUUCGACGUAUCGUCGUCCACUGCCGUGCCAGCCGCCUCCUCCACAGCCGCCACCGACGCCGCCGCCGACGUUUCUGUCCAGUCGACUUCCGCUCCGGAUGCUGUAGUCGAGAGCAGUAGCAGCAGCGAUGCUCCGGUCGUCGAGACAGCUUAAGAUGUCCACGAUAUUCUUCCCGCCAUUACUUUAUCCAAGGAAAUGGUUUCUUCACUUACUUUCCUCGUUCUUCCAAUAACAAACCAUCCAACAUCACUUUUGUAUGACAUACUUGUACCAUGUUCGACGAUGGUUGAACACGGCGAUCUGUUCGCAGUACCGAAGAUCGGCAAAGUUGCCAGCCAAUUUCAAAAGACUAUAAAUACAUACCAAUUGUAAUUAAUUAUUGAACCAUAAUUAUAUAAUUUUUUUACACGAACGUAUUUAAAUACAAAUUACUGCGUAUAAUAAUAAUAAUAACCAAACUGUCUAAAAGCA